AUGGUAAUUUGUAAGUCACGCCCAUUGAACGACCAGUGCGUCUGCAUUUAUAAACGAAGAAAUAGGGUUUAUGAAAGUGAAGCUAGAAUCGUACGAUUUUGCAUCACCACUGCAAUCAAAACAACAAGCAUCACAGAUUUUAAGGCGCAGGAGCUGUAUGAUGAUGCACUGAGCUCAGGCCAGCAGGCCUUCCUAUUGGAGGAAAGUAAUGAGAGCCCAGAUGUGUUUAAGCUGAGUGUGGGCAGUCUGCCCCCAGGGGAGAAGGCCUCCAUUAGCCUGGAUUAUGUGACGGAGCUGGCUGUGCAGGCCGAUGAUGGACUGAGGCUCUGCCUGCCUGCUGUCCUCAACCCCCGCUACAAACCCCAGGGGCCAGACAGUGCUGCUGGUACCCAGGUGUCCUCUGUGCCUGCUGGCUCUGUACCAUACAGUCUGUCCCUCAGGGCCCACGUGACCUCCCCCCACCCCAUCUCUAAAGUAGAGUCCAACUGUCCCUUGGAACCACUCAACUACCUGAACACAGAGAAAACUCAAGCCACGGUCAGCCUGGCUGCAGGUCAUAAGUUUGACCGGGACGUUGAGCUGUUGGUGUAUUACCAAGAUGCCCAUAAGCCUACCGCUAUAGUAGAGGCACCACAGACAUCUGCCAAGCCAGGCACUUUGAUGGGUGACCCAGUGGUUAUGCUGAGUCUCUACCCAGAGUUCCCCAAGGAUGUGAUGUCAUUGAUGAUCGGCCAUGGUGAAUUUAUUUUUGUGGUGGAUCGCUCUGGCAGCAUGGAUAGCCCCAUUCACUCAGGGCCUGGCGCACAGAACCGCAUUGGCAGUGCCAGGGACACUCUGCUGCUCUUGCUGAAAAGCUUGCCCAUGGGAUGCUACUUCAACAUCAUUGGCUUUGGCUCCAGUCAUGAGAUGUUCUUUCCUAAAUUGACUUGUCCUCAGAUCUUCUUGUUCACUGAUGGUGAGGUCUGGAACACCAAGGAGGUCCUGGAUCUGGUGAAGAUGAACUCCGGCUCUCACAGGCUGUUCUCCUUUGGAAUUGGGGAGGGGGCCAGCUCUGCACUCAUCUCUGGGAUGGCCAAGCAGGGUGGAGGGCAUGCACAGUUUAUCACAGGACAGGACAGGAUGCAGCCCAAAGUGAUGCAGUCUCUCAGAUUUGCCUUGCAGCCAGCUGUGGUGGACAUCUCAGUCAACUGGAAUGUCCCAAAGGGAGUGUCUGUUACCCCUCUGUCUCCACCAAUCAGAGUGGUCUUUCAGGGUCAAAGGGCACUGCUGUAUGCCCAGCUCACUGGGGAGAGCCCAGGGGACACAAAGGGCUCAGUGACAGUGAAGUACAGUCUGGCUGAGAAGCCUGUUGAGAACCAACUGAGCUUCAGUCUUAAACCUGCAGUGGACACUGGACUGACUGUCCACAGGCUGGGGGCUCAAACUCUGAUCCGAUCCCUGGAGAUGGAAGAGAGAGAGAGAGAUGGAGAUGAGAAGAAAGAGGGAGUGAAAGAAAAGGUGGUAGAGCUCAGCAUCCAAUCAGGCGUAAUCAGUGCCUUUACUGCCUUCAUUGCUGUCCAAAAAGGAGUUGGAAAGGCUGUGCAAGGACCACUGCUUCAUAGACAAGUCCCUACGCCAAUGAUGUAUGGUAGCUCUGAGAUGAUGGCACGUAUCAUUGUUCCUCCCAGGAGGAUGGUAGUUUGCAGGGCUGUUCCCAGGAUGAUGUCAUGUGAAAUGGCUGCUCCCAGGAGGAUGGCAUGCAGCAUUGCUUCUUCCGGGUGGUUGGCACGUUGCAGGGCUGGUAGGAUGGAUGUGGAACACCAAGCAGAUCAUACAUCCCUAGUUGAAGGUGAUUCCAAGCACUUGAGGAAGGCACAUGUGCCUGCGCCCUUGACAUGUGCUAUGGCCGUGUCUAAGAUGAAAAAGAUAAGUUUCUGGCUGUUCUCCAAAGAGAAACAUAUCAGGUCGAAGAUGUCGAAAUCAGUAGACAGAAUGGUGCCUCAGUCAGUGAAGAAUGUCGAUGACCAAGCUGAUCAUUGUACAACCUCAGUUGAAUUACAGUCUCCAGUCCCACUUCCUACACCUGAAAAUGAGCCUCUCCUCCAGCUGAUCUCCCUUCAAAAGGCCUCUGGUUCCUGGAUUCUGGAUCCAGCGUUGGCUGAGGUCCUGGGAAAGCCUCAGGAAGAUGUGGCCAAGCCAAUGCCAGCACAGGUGAACCAGGAGGUUUGGGCCACGGUUUUAGCCCUGGUUUGGCUCUAUGGGUUCAAGAUGGAGGCUCAGGAGGAGUGGCAGUUUCUGGCGAUAAAAGCAGUGUCAUGGAUCAAGGCUCAGAAAGGUAGCUACAGCAGACUCAUGCGGCCAAUGUGUCAGAGUGUGUCCUGGCUGGAAACAACCUUCUGCGUUGCCAGGUGCAGAUGGACACAAUGGGGCUUUGAGAGUUUCACCUUGCCUGACCCCUCUCUCUCCCCCAUUCCUGCUGCUCUACCACGGGUCAGAUUCACAUGCUACUCUGCUGGCUCUUUGUUGCCUCCUGCAAACAAACAGCUGUACCCCUGACCAAGCAUAGUAAAACCUCUUGCCUAUAAUAACCUAAAAGGUGUUUGACUGUUGUGACAUUCAUGUUAAUCUUAGUAUUGUUUUUUUUUUACAUAUCAAUAUUAAUGAAAAGCUACUAUAUAUUUGUUUUGUGAUUAGUUUGUUUUAGUAAUUUAUUUCAUGUAGGCAACUAGAAACAAUUGGUGCCUUAAUUAUUGCAUAUUGCACCCUUACUUCGCCUAUGCAGUUAAGGGUUAAAAAUGCAUGCAGGGAAAAGUUGUGGACAAUAUUAUGUAAAGCCAAAUGAAAGCCCAUCCCUGUGCCUAUGCUCUGUAACACAUGUAACACUGUGUCUCUGUAUUCAUUUAAUUAUGCAUAUUUUUUACAAUAAAGUCUGUUAUACUCCA